UAUCUCCAAUGUGUGAACCAAACCACGUUCACUUUUGGUGUUCAAAUUAAGUGGACUAAACUUAACUUCAAACGUAUAGAGAGUGAAAAACUGCAAUGGGAGGAGACGGUGGUGAUGAGCCCAUAAUUCACUUUGUACUCGUUCAUGGAGCCAGCCACGGUGCUUGGUGUUGGUAUAAACUCACAACUCUUCUUGUCUCCGCCGGAUUCAAAGCCACCACCGUCGACCUCACCAGUGCCGGCAUCAACCUCACCGACGCUAACACCGUCUUCGAGUUCGACCAUUAUAACCGUCCUCUCUUCUCUCUCCUCUCCGAUAUCCCUCAUCACUACAAGAUCAUACUCGUGGGACAUAGCAUAGGCGGAGCAAGUGUCACCGAAGCUCUCUGCAAGUUCACAGACAAAAUCUCCAUGGCCGUUUACCUCGUAGCUGACAUGGUUCAACCCGGAUCCACGUCUUCUCCUCAUUCAAUCAUGUAUGUGGGAGAAGAAGAAGAAAACAUAUGGGAGUUUACAUACGGUGAAGGCACUGAUAAGCCACCUACUAGUGCCCAAAUGAAAGAGGAAUAUAGACGGCAUUACUUCUAUAGCCAAAGCCCUCUUGAGGAUGUAAUUUUGGCGUCUAAGCUGUUGCGACCUUGUCCUGUAAGGGCUUUGCGAGGUAUUGAUAAGCUGCCUCCGAACCCUGAAGCAGAGAAAGUUCCUCGAGUUUACAUCAAGACUGCUAAAGAUAACCUAUGUGACCCUAUACUCCAGGACCGUAUGGUAGAGAAGUGGCCACCAUCUCAGUUGUAUACACUGGAGGAGAGUGACCAUUCUGCUUUCUUCUCUGUCCCAACUACCUUGUUCACUUGUCUCCUCCGUGCUGUAUUUUCUCUUCAGCUAUAAUUACAAACUUCAUCUUUGGUUGGACCAUAUCUCAUCCUCUGUACACUCCGUUGAUUCAGUGGUAGGAACGGCUUGAGGAAAAACUAUUGGAACUUGGAAUGUGAGAAUAUGAUUUUAUCAAGUAGUUUCUCGGUUA